AUGAACACACUCUAUGAGCUGGACCCUAAGUGGAGGGACCUUUUGAAGUUAGACAACUUUCUAGGUGGCUUGACGGUACAUGAAUUUGUUCAGGAAAUUAGCAGCGAUCAUUCUUUGAAAACUACUGCUGCAUACGCAGGAACUUGGGAACAUUUGGAUCCUAAGCCUUAUAUCAGGACUUUUGAAUCGACAUUGAAAGAACUGAAAAAGCUAAGCGAUGACGCAGAGAGUCGUAAGAGUCAACUUGAACAGCAGGUAUCAAAACAUGAAUUGCUUCACGCCCAAAAUAUAAUGCACCUUUCCAACAAUGUACAAGUCAUAAUCGAUAACUGUGGCCAUUUAGAUGAUAGAUUGACCAAUGUUACUCAAGUAGUGUCUCCUCUAGGCGAAAAGCUCGAAAAAGCAAUCAAACGGAAGAAUGUUUACGUCAAGUCAGUGGAGCUGAUUUCACAGUACUCUACCUUCUACACCAAUAAUGAAUCACCAGAGUUGGAAAGACUUAGGUUAUCUGGUGAUUGGCGUGCUAAAGGAAGAGCCGCGAUUAUGAUCAAGAACUUGUUGUCUUUGGCUCGUCAAGUGGAAACGAAGUCUUUACCCAGAACUGUGGAGACAACGUCCAUUAUUGAGAAAUAUUCGGAGGUAAUGGAGAACGAAUUGCUUGCUAGCUUCAGUACUGCUUAUCGUGAAAAUGAUUUCACCAAAUUGAAUGAAAUUGCUUUGAUAUUAAAUCGAUUCAAUGGUGGGCUUAACGUUAUCCAGAGUUUUAUCAAUCAGCAUGAAUAUUUCAUUGAUACGAAGCAGCUUGAUUUGGAUGAAAAUGGAGUAUUCUUUGAUGAAACUUUUAAAGAAAAGAUAACUGAUCCCGACAAUCAUGGAGUAUUCUACGAAAAUUCAAUGGUGAAGAAAUUGGAUGAGAUAGAAACAGUGAUAAAAAAUGAAUCAAAGGUUGUUAAAAAAGUUUUUGAAGCCAGAGCUGAAUAUGUUCUUCAGUUAUUCAUCGAAAGAAUCUUUGCUCAAAAGAUAGAAUCUAGAGUUGAAUUUUUACUCAAUGCCUCACUUUCAUUGUCGAAUUUGGCUUAUGUGCGAAUGCUGCAUGCUCUGUAUUCAUUAAUUGGUCAAUUUGUUAAAGAUUUGUCUGAAUUUUUUCAAAUACUCGAGGUUGAUAAUACAAACGGGUUGUCUUCAACGCUGGAGCAUUGCUACGUUGAUCUCUUCUCCAAAACUAUAUACGACAGGUCCAAAUAUUUUGAUAUCGAAAAGCGUGGAUUAGAGAGUGUUUUGGCUCAGAAGACAUCUGACUUUAACAUUGAACAUGAUAAAGAUAUACGGGCAAGAGCUUUAUCAAAUAAACUUCAGAGCAUCCCAGAGUUUGCUGACGUAUCAGAAGUUUCCGAAUUAAAUGCAACAUCUGCUAAUAAGCUCUCGCAAAUCAACAGUUUUUUUCGUGCCCAUCUUGAAAAAGAAAAAAAGGCGCUUUCCCUUUCUCGUUCUUCGUCAUUUAUUCAUGGUAGUUCUGGUCAUCAAAACAAUGGGCUAUCUUCACCAGGGCCCCUAGAUAGCCAAGAUGAUCCCUUUUUUACACUGCAAAAAAUAGACACCAUGUUAAAAUGUGCGGUUGAAUCUUUUGCAAGAGUGAUGGAGUUGGUUCCCAAUAAGGCCGGGGAUUUCAGUUAUGAAUUGCUGGAAAUUGUACUUAUGGGCACAGUAGGAUCUUAUGUCGAAUCUGGCCUGGAAACAGCGUACGCACUACUGACAAGAGUUGAUGCACAAAAGGACAACAUACAAUUGUCGUUCUUGAAAUAUGUUUCCAAAUCAACAGAGAUAUUGGGACUGAUAUCUGCAUCCAUCAAAACCGUCAUACUGCCACUUCUCACUAACUCGCCCACCAUAAAAAAGAAAAUCAUUACUUUGAGUAAUAGCUAUAUCAAAAAAUGUGAGCUCCUUAUCAACGUCAUUAUGGAGGAGACGAUUAUAAUGUACUCUCAACGAUUUACAAAUUCUUUAUCAAAACAAAAGAAGAAGGACUUUGUGCCAAGAACGCAAAAUUUAAUGGAUCAAGACACCUUGCCAGCAACUGAAAUCGUUUCAGUCUUGAAUUCGCUGUAUUCACAGGUUACUCAAUAUUUGAGGAACGAUAAUUUGAAAUCAUUUUUAUUAGAGGUUGGAAGAGAUUUGUAUCACCAAUUAAUAGAGCAUUAUAAAAAAUUCCAAGUGAGCUCGAUAGGAGGAAUUAUGGUAACAAAAGAUAUUAUAGGAUUUCAGACCGCGAUUGAAGAAUGGUCUAUUCAGGAGCUUCUUGAUGCCUUUGCUACACUAAGGGAGUUAGCAAACUUAUUUACAGUGCAACCUGAGCUAUUAGAAUCACUCACAAAGGAGGGACGAUUGGCAAACCUUGACAAAAAUAUCAUUUCGGAAUAUAUUUCAAAGCGAGAAGACUUCAAUCAUGAAAGUUUCGUAAAUAAAUUCAAAGUUAAUCUAAGGUUGUGA